AUCCCAGUUUUGAGAUUUUUCUCCAUUGAAACCACAGCACAUUAACAAAAUCCCAAAUCUGAAUCACUUCAAUUUCACAGAAUUGAUGGUUUGUUUUUAGAUUUUUAUUAAAGAAUGAGUUUCAACAGAAGCAGGAGCCUGUUAGGUGGGAAGAUUUUUCGAAGCAUUGAUCGUGUUCCUUACCGUGAUUCACCGUACUCCAGGGACCGUCGGAAUAAUCGGCAAGAUUAUUUGUGCAACAAAUGUAAGCGACCUGGACAUUUUGCAAGGGAAUGUCCGGAUAUGACCGUGUGCAACAACUGUGGGCUUCCUGGUCACAUUGCUGUCGGGUGCAACUCAACCACUAUGUGUUGGAACUGUAAGGAGCCAGGGCAUCUUGCUGGACAAUGCCCCAAUGAGCCUGUUUGCAAUAUGUGUGGUAAGAUGGGUCACUUAGCUCGAGAUUGCCUAAAUCCCAGACUUCUGGCUCAUGAUGCAAGACUCUGCAACAACUGCUACAAGGCAGGUCACUUUGCCGCCAACUGUACGAAUGAGAAGGCUUGCAAUAACUGUCGUAAAACCGGUCACCUUUCUCGUGACUGCCAUAACGAGCCAGUUUGCAAUAUCUGCAAUAUAUCAGGUCAUGUAGCCAGACAAUGUGCCAAGUCGAAACUGUCAUCAGACAUAGGAGGCCGCUUCCGGGACAUUUUUUGCCGCAACUGUGGCCAGCCAGGCCAUAUUAGUCAGGACUGCGUUUCCAUCAUCAUAUGCAAUAACUUUGGUGGAAGGGGUCACCUUCAUUACGAGUGCCCUUCAGCAAGGAUGUAUGACCGCAGUGGCGUACGUAGGUAUUAACUACUUAACUAACCAACUUUUAUAGGAUUCCUUCAUUAGCAUUCCUUUGUUUGGCUCAUCUUUAUAAUUUGAUUUUGAAUUGAUUUAUUCUUGAAGUGAUACGCCAUUGUUGUUCUGUAAUUAAGGCCGCAGUUUCCUCUGCCUUGAAAAUUGUCUUAUUUUUCUUCA